AUGGCAUCGAGCUGGGAAACACCUUCUCAGAUUUUACCUCACCUAUUUCUUGGAUCUUAUUCAUGCACUCACAACAAAGAGGAACUUCUAAAAAUUGGCAUCAAAUAUAUUCUAAACCUUACUGAUUCUCCAAAUUUGCAUCCCGAUUCUUUCAUUUACUUACAAUGUCCCGUCAAAGAUUCUUCUUCUCAAGAUAUCUUACCUCUGUUCGAGCAAGUGUUCAACUUUAUUGAUCAAGCUUCACCCAACUCAUCAUGUCUUAUUCAUUGCCAUGUGGGAGUCAGUCGAUCUCCUUCUUUUGUUCUAGCAUAUUUGAUGCACAAGAAAGAAAGAAAUCUUCGAACAUCUUAUGAAUUAUUGAUUAGAGCUCGAAAACAUAUAUCUCCUAAUCAUGGUUUCUUGCAGCAAUUGAUGGCUUAUGAAGAUUCUCUUUUUGGAAGUAUAUCAAUCAAUUUCUAUGCAGAUGACCCUUUCGAUGAGGGUGUAUCAAUCGAAAAAACAGAUUGA